AUACAAAUGUAAUAAUCAAUCUGUUAAAAGUUAAUAAUGAUCGUAGAAUUUUGUCAUCGUCAUUCAAUGGGUUAUGAUUUUGCAGACCAACAAAAUGGAUCGCAGGUGUUCGAGGAUGCCGAUGCUCGAAGUACAGGAAGAUGGCGAGGAGAAACUGGUUUGUUGGCGACCCCGCCUGAUGGACGUUUCACUAAACAAAACGUUGGUCCACUUACGUUCGAAAUGCCGAAGGUUCCGGUUAUUUUUGUACUCGGUGGUCCAGGUAGUGGUAAGGUGACACACUGUGAUAAUUUGAUGCAAGAGAGGAAAGGUAUAACGCAUAUCAACAUGAUGGACCUUCUUCAACAAUAUGCACUUGGAAACGAUAUGCAAGAUUUCGGUCAACUCAGCAGUAAAACGGUAUCGGAAGUUCUCAUGUUAGAAAUGAAAAUGUCUCCAGAGGCCAAAGUAUUUCUCGUCAGUGGAUAUCCGCGAAAUAUGCGGGACGUAGUAGAAUAUGCUGAAAAGAUAAAAAUCGUCAACGGUGUUAUUCUUGUCUCAUGGAGACAGGAAGUUCUCGAAAGACAAAUCGAUUUUGGUGCUCAGCUCGGUCAUGUAAUUAUCGGAUUAGCUAGAAUGGAAUUACACAAUUUUUACAGAAACGUCAUGCCCGUUGUGGAAUACUUCGAUCAAAGUGGCAUGCUCUAUGAGGUAAACGGAGAACGAAAUCCCAAUGAAGUUUUUAUUGAUUUUCGAGAAGCUGUUAUGAGAAUUUUAGGAUUACCUACAACGGACGAGGAAGAUAAGAAAAUGGUUCAACCUUUUGAAGCAGAAGUUAAAGUAGAAAGGAGAGAAGAAACAAUUUCUAGAACACCAACGCCAAAGGAUCAAGUAGUUGUAGUUGAAAUGACCGAACCACCAACUGAAAUAGAUACUAAAGCAUCUAAAACUGCUGUUAAACCUCGAAAAGGUUUACCAGCAUUUAUAUGGGUAAUAGGUGGACCUGGUAGCAAUAAAGCUGUUUUAUGUAGUCACGCGGUUCAAAAUAUGCCAGGAUGGGUUCAUAUUAGUUUGGGAGGAUUGUUAAGAGGAAUGGCAUCAACAAAUACAACAGUUAGCGAAGCAAUAGUAGCUGGCGAAAUGGUAUCUCAAGAUAUCGUAAUGCCAUUGGUCGAACAACAAGUACUUUUGAAUCGUGAUACAGAUGGUAUAGUCAUCGAUGGAUAUCCAAGAGAUUUGAAUCAAGUUCAAGAAUUCGAGAACAAAUUCGGACAAGAACCACCGUUAAUAUUGUUGGAUUGUUCGAAACUUCAACUCGGUAAAGGGAGAUUAGAUGACAGUGUAUCAGCAUUCAGAAAAAGAUUAGAAUUAUUUCGUGAAAUGUCAUUGCCUAUGUUGAAAACAUUGGACAAUGAUAAUCGAUUAGUAAUCAUUGACGGUGACACGGACGUGCCAAGUGUAAAAGAAGAUUUUUCCCAAGCUUUGUUUCAAUUAAUGCGACGUGCUAGACGAAAGGAGGAAGACAAUCCACAUGGACCAGAAUCGCCUAAGUUUCAAGAAAAUGGUGACAACGUAGACCCAAACUUGGCAGUUCCCGUUGACAUCAACGGGACUCAGGAUAUAGAAGGACAGAAACAUCAUGGUGGUCAUAAUAUAGCGAAUGGUGUCCCUAGGCAAAUGCUUAACAACGGUGUAUCUGAUCAAGUGAGCAAGACGAUAGAUAAAGUGGAAAACUUAAAUGGCGUCGUAGUUCAAGGAGUCACCAACAUGACGAAUGGCGUAUUGAACAAUGCCAAGAAAUUGAAUCAAAAUGGUGGAAUCCGACAAAAUGGAAUAACCAACGGGACGACGCAUAUGUUACAAAAUGGUGUGGCGCAUUUAGCUAAUGGUAUAAUUCCAGGUAACAAUAAGGUAGCACCAAGUAUACAAAAUUAUUUAUCUAACAAUACGAAAGAUCCUUUAAGAAAAAUGUACAACGAGGUUGAAGGAUACCAAGAAAAUCUCCAUAUAUAAUGUUACGAUGAAUAGACGAAAAAAUAUUGAUUAAAUUUCUAAAUAUAGUAUAGUAUAUAGAUAAGACUUUCUUUUUUUUAUAUAUAUAUAUAUAAUAUAUAAUAUAUACUAGCAUUUAAUUCAUAAAGAAAUAUCAAUUAACUUAAAGAUUCUCUAUCGGUUACGUGCCUUAAACAUGACAACAACAUUUCUAGAUAAAUUUAAUCCUAUGAGAUGUUGUUAGUAAGUACGUGGCUUUUUAUACGCACUGAUAAUCUGUAAAUAAGAUUUAAUAAGUGAUGAUAAGUUCCCCUGAACAAAAAAAAAAACAGAAAAAAACAUAUCUACAUAUUAACAAUUCUCUAUCUAUCUCUAUCUCUCUCUCUUUCUUAUGAUUAAUUACAUUUAAAAAUCGUCAUAAUAUCUCAUUUAUGUUCGAAUAAAAAAGAAACAAUCUAUAGAUAUAUAAAUAUAUAUUGAUUAUUCGUAAUUUUACGUGAAAAUCAAAACGUUAAGUAUCAUAAAAAUCGUAAAAUAUUUUUACUUCUUAAUUUUUAUCGAUUAUUAUCAUUUCUCUCGACUUUUUCUAUGCACUUUUAAAUGAAAAACAAUACAAUCAAAAUAUAUUUUAUCUAUUUAUUAAUAUUUAUCUCGUAUACCAUAAUAUUAUUAUUAUUAUUCGUAUAGCACUGCAGAAAAAAAAGAACCCAAAAAAAAAUAAUAUUUUCUUCAAUCGAUGACAAUUUAACACGAUCGAAUAUUUUCGCGCGAUUAGUCGUGCACGAUGAUUAAAAUUAAUGUGAAACGAACGAUAAGUUAUUAUAAAUAUAUUAGAGAAAAAAAAACACACAUAUAAACACAUAUACAUAUCUACACACAAACGUUAUUAAAUGAAUGAAUAAAUUAACGAUAAAUAUGCGACUUAUCAUUAACGGAUUCUCUUUUUGACGUAAGGAGGUUCGUAAGAUUUAAUUAAACUAUAUUAUAUAUAGUACAAUAAAAAAAAAACAAUUUCCUGAAUUUUUAAUAGCAUAUCACAUAUUUGUUUUCGUAAAAAAAGACACGUGUGGCUGGUAUCCCCAAGUGUGUCAAAUUAAUACUCGUAUAUACAGAGAUACAUAAUUUGUUUAACAAAAUGGAAAAAAAAAAAAAGAAAGAAAAUAUCAAGAGAAAAUAGAAAAAAAAUAAAAAAAGAAGAAAAAAAAAAAAGAAAUAAAACAAAAAAAUAAAAACAAGACGACAAAUGAAUAAACAUAGUAAAUAAUAAAAAUAUACGCGUUGAUCGUGCGAGAAAGAGUAUGUAUAUACAUACAUUAUUUUACCCAUAGAUAUUACAAAAUAUAUAUAUUGAUUAAUAAUUAUAAAAAAUAUUUAAACCGAAUCAAAAAAUACAGAAAAAGAAAAAGUCUCUAUUUUCAAUGAUCGAUUGAUAAAAAAUAUAUAUGAUAUGUGAAGGGACGUGUGAGAUAAAAAUUGAAGUAUGCGUGGGAAAGAUAGUAUGAAAGUAUUAUAAUAGUAUGCAAGCGAAAUGUAAGGGUGGCAACCUAAUAACGUAAACAACUGAAUAGGAUUAAAAAAGAAUUAAAAGGAUUAACAAAGGGAUCAAAAGAAAUGAAGGUUUAAAAAAGCAGUCAGCGUCUAGUCAGUAGUAGUCAAGUAGCGAACACGUAUUACUGUAUAAAUAUUUUUGUAUUUCAUUUAUUAGAAUAUAUUGCAUUUCCGUG